UGUCGUCCUCGGCGGCGGUUAGCAGCCUGGGGGAGUCCCUCCUAGCCCAGUGCUCAGAGAGCAGUACUGUAGAUGUGCCGUCAGCCACGACCCACACAGACACCAGGAUGAACAGGGUUGUAUCUAGCCAGUCACUUUUAACGACGGCACCAGCUACUCAUUCAGAAGAGGAGAGUACAGCCACGUCUGAAGAAGACCAGAAAACAGAAGAGAUACAGGUGUCUGUAUCGGUAUCCGAGGACACGGACCAGGCCUCGGUAGACGGACAGGACAAACCRUCGGACUCAGARGAACCCAAAGCCGCCAAGAAGAAUCGCUGCUUCUCCUGCCGCAAGAAAGUCGGCCUCACGGGCUUCGACUGCCGAUGCGGCAACGUGUUCUGCAGCAUGCACCGGUACUCAGARGUUCACAACUGCACUUUCAACUACAAGGCCGACGCAGCGGAGAAGAUCAGGAAAGCGAACCCUGUCUGCGUCGGGGAGAAGAUACAGAAGAUCUGAAAACGGGUUUGCCGCGAAUUGAUGUCCACCCGGAAGCCUGCGGUUUUAGAUGAACCAUCGACCACCUUUUKAUUUCUCCGUUUCCUCUUUUGAUUUGAAGUUGUUUGUGAGCAACGCUCCAUUCCCAUCGGACCCUUUAAAAUCAUGCAUGCCAGUUGCAACAAAAAAAAUCUUUGUAAAUGUAUUUUUACUUAACCUGUUUCCUUUUGUAGUUUUAAUUCUUUUAUCCCUUAAAUGUUGUGGUUUAUGAAAAAUCUGAAGAUUUAAACAGUUACAAUAUUUAGAGUGAUUAAUUGGGCUUUAAUUACUUUGUUGGGUACUACUGGAAAGGCUGUGCUUUUCUGGUGUUAAAAAAAAAAAUAGAAAAAACAAGCAUGUUAAAAAGCAUCAAGGAUCUUUCCAUUCCUCCUUUUGGACUGUAUGUAGCCUGACAAAGAUGACGGAACAGAUUGGGUUUUACAAUAUCAGCGAGAGAGCAGAAACAAGGAUUGCGCCGUUGCUCCCAGACCUUUUUGUAUAAUUGAGUCAUUUUAAAGACUGUGUGUGAUCUGCUGUGUAAAAGAGUAUGUUUUAUGUUUAUCAUAUGAUUAUGAAUAGCCUGUUUGCAUGUUUCCGGUUGUGCGUUUGAGGAGGAUUAUAAAGUUCAUUUAUGGGUGCACAGUAUGACCUGAAUCUAUUGUUCUGUAUUUAUGUUAGUUUAUUCACUGUCUUAACUUUUGAUCUGAAUAAAGCUCUAACACAUUUUUGAAAAUUUGAAA